AAAAAGGACCGUGUGAAAUUAUAAAUCCACAUGCCUCUUUUCUUUUCAUCAUACCAGUCAAUCAAUUCACCUCUUCCUCACGCGCUUCCUCCUCUCUGCGUCGCCACCACUCUUCCUCCGUCGUCGAUUCAUCCUUCACGGCGCAGCUCCACCCAGGUAAUUUGAAGUUCGAGAUUUGUCUUGGGUGCUGCUGGAGCUGAAUUUUGAGUUCGACUUGUGGGUUUUCUAGUACAAGUUAAUCUUGUAUUGUAUCUUCAUGGUGUGUGGAGACAUAGAAGACUCAAUAUGGGAAUUUUUGAUGAGUUACCUUUGCCUCCAGAAAAAGAGUAUCUGAGAGAAGAGAUCUCCAGAAUAGAUGAGAGUUGGGCUGCUGCUCGUUUUGAUUCGUUACCUCAUGUUGUUCACAUUUUAACAUCAAAAGAUCGUGAAAGCGCUGCCCAAGUUUUGAAGGAGCAAAGUGAUGUUAUUGAGGACGUUGUUGAUGAAGUAGUACAUUCUUAUCACAGUGGUUUCAACAGAGCUAUCCAAAACUAUUCCCAGAUCUUGAGGCUUUUCAGUGAAUCCACUGAAAGUAUAGCUGUCUUAAAGGUAGAUUUGGCAGAGGCUAAGAAGCACCUUAGUGCCCGCAAUAAGCAAUUACAUCAACUAUGGUAUCGGUCAGUCACAUUGCGACAUAUAAUCUCCUUGUUGGAUCAAAUUGAAGGCAUUGCUAAGGUUCCAGCUCGUAUUGAGAAACUCAUUUCAGAGAAGCAAUUCUAUGCUGCGGUUCAAUUGCAUGUGCAAUCAAUGCUGUUCCUUGAGCGAGGUCUCCAAAAUGUUGGGGCACUUCAAGAUGUCCGUUCUGAGUUAACAAAAUUACGUGGUGUCCUCUUUUAUAAGAUUUUGGAGGAUUUGCAUGCACAUUUAUACAACAAGGGUGAAUACAGCGCUGCUGGCUCAACUAUGCUAGAGAAUGACGAUGAAGUACCAACCACCACAUCUGUUGCACUCGGUACACAUAAUUCGCAACCCCUGUCUCGAAGAACCAGGUCACUCAAAGGUGACAAUCAGGCUACCCUCCAGAUUGAUGGGUCCUAUAGGCCAAGAUCUGCAGAUGGAGGUUCUUUUGAUGGCCAUGACGAUGAAGGCGCUUUGGAUUUAAAUGGGGAAGCUACGUUAGAUGGGAAUCUGGGAACCAUGAGAAUCAAUGGUAGUGAUGUCCCGAAGGAUGUCAACGCUGCUCUUCGUCAAAUGCCGACAUGGCUUUCAAAUUCGACACCAGAUGAAUUUCUUGAAACAAUUAGAAAGAGUGAUGCUCCGCUUCAUGUGAAGUAUCUUCAGACCAUGGUUGAGUGCCUUUGCAUGCUUGGCAAAGUUGCAGCUGCUGGGGCUAUGAUAUGCCAAAGGUUGCGUCCAACAAUUCAUGAGAUUAUUACAUCCAAGAUUAAAGCUCAUGCAGAGCUUUUGAGUUCGUCAAGGUCUAGAAUUGUUCAGGGUUCCCGAGCUGGAACAGGUGAUCUACACUUUAUAAAAGGUCAACUGGAAAGCUAUCAGUUGCCAAAACAGAAACGUAAAAAUGGAAUAUCUAUUGCGGGAACAUUGUUGGCUGUGAGCCCUGUAUCACCUCUUAUGGCCCCUGGCGGGAAAGCACAGGUUGCUGCUAAGGAGCUUCUUGAUUCAAUUUUGGAUGCUGUUGUUCGAAUAUUUGAGAACCAUGUCGCUGUUGGGGAGCUUUUGGAAGCAAAAGCCUGUCAGCAUGCUGACAUGAACACACCAAAAUCAAUGCCAGUAGAUGUGAAUUGGAACCCUGAUUCUGAAACCUCUCAAGCCACAGGGGGUUACAGCUUAGGUUUCUCCCUUACAGUGUUACAGAGUGAAUGCCAACAACUUAUAUGUGAAAUUCUGCGGGCUACUCCUGAAGCUGCAUCUGCAGAUGCUGCGGUGCAAACGGCUAGGCUUGCAAGCAAAGUCCCUUCAAAAGAUAAAAGGGAUGGAUCGGAGGAUGGUCUUACUUUUGCAUUCCGGUUUACAGAUGCUAUGAUAUCUAUUCCUAACCAGGGUGCUGAUCUUGUUCGCCAAGGAUGGAGUAGGAAGGGUCCCAAUGUGCUGCAAGAGGGUUAUGGUUCUGCAGCAGUUUUGCCUGAGGAAGGCAUAUAUUUAGCAGCAUCUGUAUACCGACCUGUGCUUCAGUUCACAGAUAAAAUUGCUUCAAUGCUGCCAACAAAGUAUUCUCAACUUGGCAAUGAUGGGUUGCUAGCUUUUGUGGAGAACUUCGUGAAGGACCAUUUCUUACCAACUAUGUUUGUGGACUACCGAAAAGGCGUACAACAAGCUAUAUCAAGCCCUGCUGCAUUUCGUCCAAGGGCACAUGUGGUUACUGCUUACACUCCGUCAAUUGAGAAGGGUCGACCUGUAUUGCAAGGAUUACUGGCUAUAGAUUACUUGACAAAGGAGGUACUUGGCUGGGCACAAGCAAUGCCCAAAUUUGCUAAUGAUCUUGUGAAGUAUGUGCAAACUUUUCUGGAGAGGACUUACGAAAGAUGCCGGACUUCAUACAUGGAGGCUGUUCUUGAAAAGCAGAGUUACAUGCUUAUUGGGAGGCAUGAUAUUGAGAAAUUGAUGAGGAUUGACCCCUCAAGUGCAUAUUUACCAAACCUGCUCGGUCAUAUUAACAUGGAAAGUAAUUCCUCUGAUGCUGAAACAAUUGAGGCUGAAUCAGAGCUAAGUGAAUUACUGCUAAGUUUGCGUCCUAUUAAGCAGGAAAACCUAAUCCAUGAUGACAAUAAACUUAUUUUGUUGGCGUCCCUUAGUGACUCAUUGGAGUAUGUUGCUGACUCUAUUGAAAGGCUUGGACAAACAACUCAAAGAGCAUCAAAUCAUGUGGAAGGAAAAUACCAUAGUCAUUCAGACGGUGCGCCUGCAAGGAGUCUAGGAUCUUUUGCUCAAGAUUAUAGGAAAUUGGCAAUCGAUUGCCUCAAGGUUUUACGUGUAGAGAUGCAGUUGGAGACAAUAUUUCAUAUGCAGGAAAUGACAAAUACAGAAUACUUGGAUGAUCAAGAUGCUGAAGAACCAGACGACUUCAUCAUUUCGCUCACUUCACAGAUAACACGAAGAGAUGAGGAAAUGGCUCCUUUUAUUUCAAAUUCAAAGCGGAAUUACAUAUAUGGUGGAAUUUGUGGGGUUGCAGCAAAUGCAUCAAUUAAGGCUUUGGCAGAUAUGAAGUCUAUUAAUCUCUUUGGUGUUCAACAAAUAUGUCGAAACUCAAUCGCAUUGGAACAGGCACUUGCAGCGAUUCCAUCCAUAGAUAGCGAAGCAGUGCAACAAAGACUGGAUCGAGUCCGCACCUACUAUGAACUACUAAACAUGCCAUUUGAGGCCCUGGUCGCGUUCAUUACAGAACAUGUUCACUUGUUUACUGCUAUAGAGUACGCCAACCUUCUUAAUGUUCAGGUCCCUGGAAGGGAGAUUCCUCCUGAUGGACAGGAUCGAGUAUCUGAAAUAUUAUCCUUGUAGUCUGUUCAUUCACUUGUGUUCUGGAGUCUUUUUGGGAACGUUGGGGUGAUCGCAUCAAUUAGGUUUCUGAUCCUUAAUUCUGAAAAAUGCUAAUGCAACUAGCCGAUGCAGAUCGCCUAUUUUACGCGAAAUUACAACUGACUAUACUACAAGUUAGAAGGUGAUUUUUGAUUUUGCCCUUGAUAGCAGUUCCAUUUUCCCCCUCAUUUGUUUGUAAAUUGUAAUUUAUAAUGUGAUGUCAAUUUUGGUUGCUGCUGCUUUCCUUUUGGGCUUUCUCGCUCUCUCGGUCUCAAUUUUUGGGUUUAAGUUGUGUGAUGAGAAAUUGAAUUCACGUUAAUGUUACCAACAAUCUGAUAGUCACUUGUAUAUUUUUCUUGCUAAAGAUAUUGUAUAAUUACCUUUCUACAAAUGUGUGGCCUAUUUUAGUAAAUAAUUCGAAAUUUGUCCCGGCAA